GAAAAUUCUUUCUUGUUGUCCACAGCUCUUACCGCAGCAGUGCUGGCACUGGCCGGAGGAGCAGCAUCCCUAUCGCCGGAGAACAAACCGCACCGCCACGGGGCCAGCGGGGGAAGUAAUUUCCCCCUGCAGAGGUACGCCGGGGGCAAGGGUCGGCCUCCACCCGCACUGAUGGGACCCGGACCAGGAACAGGAGGCGGCGGCGGCGGCGGUGGCGGAGGAGGUCCACCACGAUUGAUGUCCCGGGCGGAUAAUCCGAUGCCGGCGACGCCACUCAACAAUCAAACCCUGGACCGCUACCGGCGGCUGAUUCCCUACAUGACAUUCUACAUUCCAUCAUCUAAUGGCGACUUCGGCCUGCCAAUCAAUCAGGCGUAUAAUUAUAUGCCCAUUCGCUCACAGCGACCUCAGGAGUCCCAACAGCAACACCAUCAUCAACACAGCCAACAGAGCAGCAAGCAGCAAAUUUUGUCACUUCAACAAUACCACCGUCAGCCGUCGCCGCAACAGAGUGGUUUGGGCGGUGACCCACCGCUGGUCUACCAGUCCUAUCAACCGCAGAUCCAUCAAUCGUCACGCUAUCAGUCCUCCUCAUCGGGGUCAUCUUCCUCGGCAGGAUCGUCCCAAGGAAACUCGUACAAGACCAUCCUGAUAAAUAACUCUCCAAUCAAGUACGAAUACUCGCAGCGUCAUCAAUUAGCUCCAUCGCCUUCCUCGUCCUCGUCGUCGUCGUCGUCUUUGUCCUCAUCGUCUUCCUCUUCAUCCGGAGCGCCCGGUAGCCGUGACCCAAAUCUUGCGCUGCUGUACAAUCCCCGACCCCAGUUACAGCAGUAUCACCAUCAGCAGCACCAUCAGCAGCAACAAUUACAAAGCCCGCCGUCCAAGUUGUAUGCGAUUGAAAUCCAGCCACAGGCAACCAUACCGAAACCACAGCCGUCGAUCCAACCGAAUGGGUAUAGUGGCAGCAGCGGGGCAAGUGGCGGAAACGACGGGUCCGAUCACAUUCACCUUCUGGCGGCCACACCGGCUCCGCCAGUUGUAUCCACCCGGAGUCCCAUUAAGUAUCAGCCAGCUGCGGUUUACAAGAAGUACCAGAUCAAUCCCUUCCUACAGUCAAACAAGUUGCCAGGCAGUUUUACCCCGCUAGCGUACAGCAAUGGCGCGCCGUCUGUUCAGCAGCACAUUGUUCAAGAAGAAAUCCCAGAAGAGUAUGAGGAAAAACCCCUGCCACGACCUACCCCAUCGCCAACUUAUACCGGACCGAAACUCCAAACCACGUACGUUUAUGUCAAACCAUCGCCUGAACCAAAUCAACUGUAUUACCACGAGAAACCGGCUAAGCCAUCUAGUUCGUCUGGUUCUUAUGUGACCUACAAGGAAAAACCGACUUAUUUGGAAGAUGAAGAACAGAUCUACAAACCGAAACCGAUAGCUAAGCCAAGUUACGAACACGAGCUUGAAGUCUACAAGACUCUUCCGAAACCGAUUACCCAACCGAAACCAGCAUACGUAGAUGAUGAAAUCGUAUACAAGUCGCCUCCAAAACUGAUAUCAAUCCAUAAGCCAAGCUAUCUCGAAGACCCAGAACUCUACCGACCUGGUGCCAAACCAAUCCCAGUCCCCAUUCCAGUAGCCGUCGAUUACUCCACACCUCGAACAGUCCCUCAACGGGUAGAAUACACCACAUCCCGUCCGCAUCCGCAUUCAAUCCCGAUUGAGACCUUCACUGCUUACAACCCAACCGGAAGUACUUCAGCCCCACCCGCGGUCUCAACAACCGCCCAUCCAAAGUACUCUGUCCGCCACAAGUCUCCUCAUCACAAACAAAGCCGCGGAUCUACAAAGGCACCUCCCAUCCGACAGCACCUAACCGAAAACCUUAACCCGUCGGACAUCCGAUCUCCUAACCCAAACUACUUCGAUCAAUACGCCGACUACAAAGCCCAGGUCAAGCAAAACUACUACUCUCAAGCCAACUACAUCCCGAUCUCGAAACCACCGAAAGUCACCAAACUGAUACCGGCUCAUCCCGUCGAAGAUAAGCCCCGCCCCGUCUAUCAACACAACAAACCUCGCCCCGCAACUCCAACUCAGAUCAUCGACACGGCCUCCGCAUCCGGAUCAACGUCCCUGGCCGACCUGCUCAAGAAACUCCAGGACAGCAACCACCUGCCCAAAACUCUAACCCCCGACAACAUCGACAACUCCAUCCGAACGCUCGUGAAAAUCCUGAACAACCUCAAGGCCUCCCAACAGGUGCACCAACAACCCGAACAAGACUUCACCACCCCGGAAGAGUACGACCACCACCAACCCCCCACCAACGUGAAAGCCCACCCGAAACCACCCAAGAAGCCUUCGUCGCACCACAGCAGCAGCAGCAGUAGCAGCGAUGAUGACGAUUCCUCCAGCUCGUACAUGCCGCACCACCCGGAACUGGGCCCGACACCGCCGGGACCGAACUCGGGCCGUCCGGGCAUAGACUAUCCGAACCUGUCGGAAAUCCCGGAAACCAGUUUUAGCUGCAAGGAGCAACGCUACAAAGGCUUCUUCGGCGAUCCGGAAACGAACUGCCAAGUGUGGCACUACUGCGACCUGAACGGCGGCAAGGCGUCCUUCCUCUGCCCGAACGGAACCAUCUUCAGUCAGGUUGCCCUGACUUGCGAUUGGUGGUUCAACGUCAAGUGUUCGACCACGGCGCAGCUUUACGUCCUGAACGAACGACUGUACAAAUACAUCCUGCCUUUUACGCCAAAGUUCCCCGAAGACUACAGCGGACCGCUGGUUGACAAAUACCUCGCCAUCAAAUUCCAGGAGAUGGAAGAAAAGAUGCAGAAGCAGCGCGCCAAGGGUAAACCGGUGGUCAAGCCCCGUCCGGAGAUCGAAAACGACGACCUGAACGGCAACAAGCUGGAGGAUAACGACGACCGGUACAACCAGAACCAGCCUCAUCCCGUCCAGUACGUGACGGAGAAUUCCAUCGAUGCAACAGCACCCAGCGCCGCCAGCAUAGUAUCCGCAACGACUCCGAUCACCCUGGAGGACAUCAACGCCGAGUACGACCGGGCGAGCGGUGCGAGUAUCGCUCCGGAAACGGAACCUUCCGCCUCGGGAGGUACCGGACCGGAAGCGGCAGCACGCAUAGCUCCGAUCGUGGUAACGGCUCCCAGUGCUCCGGCCAGCUCGACGGGUGCGGAAGAUGAUGGGUCGGAAAGCGGCGGGGUCACAGCCCUAGCGGAACCGAUGGCACCUCCACAGGCACGGUACGAAUCGCGGGAGACGCCCAGUGCGAUACGAUCGCCGCCGCGGCCAAACACGAUGCAAGCCCUGAGGGCGAUGGGCAUCGAGGUGAAAAACGACGGCACCAGUGGGCACCUGACGCCGACGCAUGGGUACGGGGAAUAGGGGAUGGGUAGAGUGGGGCGGGUUUGUUCCCGACAACGAUUGCAAUUUCUGUGAAUAGUAGUUAUAUGCUUAAGUUUCCUUAGUUCUGUAGCUGAACGUUAUACCUGCACACCGUCAGUUAUUGUGAAUGCCAACAAUUUCUGGAAGAUUCUCCGCGCUUGAGAAUUUUCGCUUGUAGUCCAGAGAUUGUAAAAUGUUACUGGUUAGUUUAUAAAAUAUGUAGUAGGUAUUGGAUUUGUGCGCGAGCGAUCAGAGCUAAUUUAUUUGCUAAGGAUGCGACUUGUUUUUCAAAUAUUCGAGAUAUUCAUUAUACUUAGGGCAAUUCGAUUAAAAAUUUCGUCAGGAUUCACAGGGGUUCGUCUAUGAACAUUUACGAGGAUUAUUUCAAGAGUUUCCCCAGGAUUUUAUCUAGGACUUUGUGUAAGAAAUCGUCGCUAUGUUUUUUGACGGAUUUCUGAAGAAACCCACUGUUGGACUUCGAUCCAACCGAUGUUCCGAAAUUAUUAUUCUCCGCUCAGGAAAUGAAUGAACACGUAAUCCGAGUUGAAGGGAGAAUAUAAUUUUCCUACCGGAGGCAAUUAAAAUACAUUUCAAGUUACAUGGAAUUCAUAAUUUGCUAGUACAAGUGCAACGAAGCAACUACUUAAACUAAACUAUUCUAUUUCAAAUCAAUUAACUUGCUACGUAUGCCCGGUUCAUGAGAACCCCUGGCAUACUGUAGCGGUUUCUGAGAAUUGGAUGUGGAUGUACAUGUACAUAACAUUUUUAAUUCACACUUACGUUUUGUGUUUUCGUUCCCAGCAUAAGAUUACGGGUAGGACCUAAUAGCCUUGGUAUGAUCUAUUUGAUGGAUUCGCAUAUUAAUUCAAAGGAUGUUUGCAGAUGUAUAUGAAUCCUUACCGUUUCUGGUCUAGGAGUCAGUGAUGACGAUCGAAUGAAGUUUUUCUGCUUUGGCUGGCGGCAACCUAAUUUGUAUGGGAACGUUCUACAAUUGCAAUCCCUAUCAAUUCUAAUGAAUUAUUGGCUUACCGGUUAUAGGAAUUUCACAAGGAGUAUAAUAACUUCACCUACUACCCUUAUAAUGUCACUUAGUUUACCGUAAUUAUCUAAAUUUUGAUAAGAUACACAAUCGUGAAACAUGCACUAUCUUCAGUUACGUUUAUGAUCUUGUUUACCUUCUUAUCAUAGAUAUCAGUACUCACUCGAUCGCUGUACUCACUGCACUCACCGUUGUCAUAUGAUGGUCGAUUAUAGCAAUAUCGUAGGGUGCGCUAGCCUCGCAUUGGCUAACACCCACCAAAAAAAUUCCAAGAAUUGCUUCAAAUUUUAUGUUUUUAGGAUUUCUUCCAAAAUUUUUUUUCUGGGAUUUUUUUCAAGAAUUCCUUCAAUAUUUUUCUACGGACUUUUUCGGGAAUUCCUACAAGCAUUGAUACCAUUAAUUCGUCCAAGAUUUCAUCCAUUAACAAAUUCUUGCCGCCUUUUAAUUCUGGAUUUCUUACAGGAAUUCCCACAAUAUUUACAAUUAUUUUCAAAGAAAUUCUUCAGAAAAUGCCCUUAAAGCAGUUAGAAUCCCCUCGAAUUACGGUAAACAACUACUUAUCAGUGAAGUCGUAGCAUCAAACAGAAUAUCUCGCUUUGCAAACAGUAUGAACCUUCGCAUAAAACACACGCGACUGCUUUUCCCCCGACAUUAUACGCAGCACAUUACAUAUUUAAGCAAAGAGAAAAUCAUCAUCGUUCAUGAAUAGUAACUGUUAUCAUCUCUCGCGGUAAUAUUUAUUGUCGUCGUAUAGACAGAUUGAAAUGAUUGAUUGAGUCGUUUUAGUGCGGUGUGUAGCGCCAGCGCUCUCUCCGCCAAGCGGUGUAUGAUGUCAAAAAUAAACCACCUGUUGCUUCUACUUUACCGGCUCGAUGAAAGCCACGGGGACUAGGUGUGGAAUUGGUUGCGUUUUUUUUUGUUUUGCUUGAGAGAGUGAACGAGAGUGAGUGUGCGUGUGCACCUGAUGCACUCGCAGAUGCGGAUGCAUGCAUGCAUGCCGCCGUGGAACGGAUAGGCAUCGAAUUAGUUACCCCUAUUUGUAAAACAGUCACGAUAAAUAAACUAUAUAAAUUAAGAUUAGAAGUUAAAAAUGUAAGGUUACAGAAAUGCGUAUGAAUGUCAACAAGAAAUAGAACAACAGAUUUCAUAUGUUUGUGCGAAGCAUUUGAAGUGAGAAAAGGGAAAAGUGAUUGGUAUGUUCGUAGAUUAAUAAGUGUGGAAACGAAAAUGGCUUCUGUGCAUCAUGAAAAAUAUACAAAUAAAAUCAACUAUGGGUCUAGGAACGAAUGACGAACGGUAGAGUGAAAGCCAUACAUAAUAAUAUCGAAUAUAGAUAGGUUAAACAACGACAGAAAACAAAAAAAAUAUACCGUUUGAGACAAACAAUAAUCGAAAUUAAAUAAACAUAUUAUAAAUUAA